GCUAAAAUUAAAGCUGAAUUUUAUGUACACUUUUAAGACUUUCAUACUGUAUACUGAAUGAAUAAUAAGUAAAAUAUUAACUUUUCAUUUUAUUAUUUGUUUACAUGAUGUCAUGCAAGCAAAUGUUGUUCCCGGAAUUGGAUUUCCGUGAAAUGCACUCAGGGAAAUCCCUUCAAAGUUACAUUGCUGCAUUAAUAACUAUUAAUUUUGCAGUCACCUCAGCGAUUCGACGUUCUUCACGAAUGAACAACUGAAAUUGAAAAACGAAAUACUGUUUCAAGACGUCCUAGUGUUUGCAUUAAAAUUCGAAAUAUCUCCUGUAAAUACGUGUAUAUACAAGCCGUGGAGUAAACCAUAUCAUCGCUGUCGCUUCCGGAAUAAAAACUUGACGGACAACUUUCGUACGAAGCAAUUAUUGAUAAACAAAUAUCUACAGACAUACUUUAAAACGAAAUGCCCAUAGAAAGAUUACGAAUGCGACCAUGGCUAGAAAGUGCUUUGAACGAAGGUAAAUUCCCUGGCGUUCAGUGGGUGAAUAAAGAAGAAAAAAUCUUUCGUCUCCCUUGGAAACACGCAUCACGAAAUGGCUGGAAGAUGCAAACAGACGCUUGCUUAUUUCGUGCUUGGGCAGAGCAUACUGGAAAAUUUAAGCGUGACGACAUACCAAACCCUAAAACAUGGAAGGCAAACUUUAGGUGUGCCUUAAACUCCCUUCCAGACAUGGAAGAACUUACUGAGCAACGUACAACCAAAGGAAAUAAUGCUUUUAAAAUGUAUAGAAUUAUUACAGAAACAACAACUAGAAAAGGAUAUCAAAAAAAGUUCAAAGGAAGAGUACAACGUAAAAGAAAGUGUGUUCGAACAACGAAGCAUGCAAAGAACAAGGAUUGUGACCAAAAUCUUAAUGGAAAAUUGCAGUUAAGUGAUAGUGAAAAUAAAGAUAAUGUCGCUCAUUUGAUGGAUCACGAUUACGAAGCUGCAAAAACACUUGACAUAUUUCAUGAUUCAUACGAUGAAAAUGAGAAAUUAGAUUUUGAUAUGACAUGCAAUGCAAAUGUUAAAACGGAGCCUCUAUCACCGAGCAACACAAUAGUUGACGAAGAGCUUUUACUAUAUGAGGAAAACUCUUUGGAUACUAAGAAUAUGAAGCAAUCCAUCGUCAAAGAAGACCAAAUUAUGUCCGAUAACGAAGUCAUUGAGCUCAUACAAGAACUGUCAAAUGAUGGUACACCUAGCAAAAAUUCAAUGGAUGACUUUCUUGAAGAUUGUCUUGCUGAAGACUGCUUGACCUCUGCUGAGGUUGCAUCUUCUUCUUUAUCUACUAGUCCCAGUACAUCCUCGAGUAUCAGCAGUGAUCCUCGAAGUGGUUCAACGUCCGACGUUGAUGGUAUGUCAAUGAGCAAUUGCACUCCUCAUUUAUUUCUUCAAGCCGUUUUAAUAACAAAACAAGGAAGUUAAGUACAUUACUCGGAGGAGAAGACUAUUUGAAAUUGUAGAGCAAAUGGUCUUAUUCUUUCUUAAUGUGUACAUUAUAUAAAUACUGAAUAAAUUUCUAGCUGUUCUUGACUUGUAAAUAAACAUAGCAACAAAAUAAUGAAUACAUCUCACAUCACAAAGAUGCUA